UAGCAUCAGUUGUUACAGUUGUAUCUGGAUCUGCCGUAUCAACAUUCAACGAAGAACGAAGAUGAAGGUGGUUUAUGUGUUCCUUGCAAUGUUGGUAGUCAUUGCACUAGGGUCUGAGAAGCCCAAGUUGGGGAUCAUUGAAGAUAAUAUUUCCUACGUGAUUCGAGGGAAAAACUCCAAGAAGCCGCCAAAGGAGCAUCCCGGAACACAUGUACAAGGCGGUAAAAGUUGGAAGUCGAUUGAAACUCCGCCUGUACUCGACAUUUCGAAGGAAGAGAAAUCAAGCUUCGAACACGGACUCUCACAACUGCAGGAGAAAGAUAAAACAGAAGAGGACAUGGCUGCCAAGAACAUGAAAGUCUCUCAUAACUCAUCUACUUACAUCCAUCAGUCCCUCUUCAAGAGUUCUGACCCGCGGUCCAUCGCAGCAGCAAGAGCAGGCUUCAUAAUAGACAGCGCCACUAAAUUCGUCAUGGAUCGCCUGCAGCUAGACAAAACCGAUGUAAUUUUCGACAUCAUGCUAUCGGAACAGCUGGCCCAAGACGAGUUUUGUGAUGAGGACCUAGUUUCGUCCUCCUGCGAGGCCUUCCGCUACUACAGGUCCUCCAACGGCACCUGUAAUAACUUGGAUAACCCGCUGUGGGGAUCCACUUUCAGGCCCUUCCGCCGUGUUGCUCCGCCCGACUAUGGCAACGGAGUGUCGAGCCUCCGCCUUGCCAAGGACCGGCAGCCCCUUCCCAGCGCCCGCCUCGUCAGCAGUGCGGUUAAUAACGUCCGGCCAAACAGCGAAUCUUCUCUCCUCUCCGUCCUCCACAUGACCUACGGACAGUUCUUCGACCAUGACCUGGCCUUCGCGCCUUUGAAUAAAGGUAUGUAUGGUGUGGCGAUUCCAUGUUGCCUUGAGGCCGAGGGCAAUCCUAUACUCCACCCUGAGUGCGCCCCCAUCCCCAUCCCUGCUGACGACCCUUUCUACUCCAAGUUCAACCAGACGUGCAUGGACUUCGUCCGCUCGGCGCCCGCCCCACGCUGCUUGCUUGGUCCACGAGAACAAAUAAACGAGAAGACGGCAUAUAUCGACGGCUCUCAGGUCUACGGAAUUGAUGACGAGAUGAUGAAGUCAUUGAGAACGAUGAAGGAUGGUCUACUUAGUGCUCAGAUAAGUAAGGAAGGUGAGGAGCUUCUUCCUGCAGACACAGACUUAGCAAACGAGUGCAAUAAGGAAGAAAAAGCCAGCAUAAAACAAUAUUGCUUUCGGGCUGGUGACAUGAGAGUGAAUGAGCAAAUUCUGCUCACUCGGUUCCACACUGUGUGGGUGCGUCACCACAACCAUCUAGCGUCUCGCCUGAAGAGUAUCAACCCAUCUUGGGAUGACGAAAAGCUGUUCCAGGAGACCCGCCGAAUUGUGAUCGCUCAGCUCCAACAUGUCACCUACAACGAGUACCUCCCGCCCAUCUUCGGCAAUGAAAUCAUAGAAGACUUUGAGCUGAAACCCUUGAAGAACAAGCAACGAAAGGUCUUUUACCGCCCUGACAAGAGUGCUGCCAUAAGUACUGAAUUUGCAACAGCUGCCCUCCGUUUUGGACACAGUAUGAUUGCUGAUCACAUUAAAAGAGUGGAUAACUUCGGCAACAUUUCCUCCGUUGAACUGUCCUCAGUGUUCAUGAACCCAUUCGACGUGUAUAUAAAGAACGCGGUACCGCAGCUGACGCGAGGAGUGGUUCGACAGAGCGCAGGUCAAGUUGACCCCUUCUUUACACCACAGGUGGCGGGCUUGCUCUUCAAAGGGAAAAACAUGUUUGGACUCGAUCUGGUGGCCCUCAACAUUCAGCGUGGGCGUGACCAUGGUAUUGCCUCCUAUACGGCGAUCAGAAACUCAUGCGAACUGUCUCCUGUUCAUGACUUUAGUGAUCUCUCGGGAAAAAUGGAUGAUGAUGUGAUUGCAAAGCUAAAGGAUGUAUACCGUCAUGUGGAUGACAUUGACCUGUUCAUCGGUGGUAUGGCUGAGCACCCGAUAGAAGGAGGAGUAGUAGGUCCCACCUUCGCUUGUAUUUUGCUGGACCAGGUCAUUAGGCUAAAAGAAGGCGACAGAUACUGGUACGAGACUAAUGACGAGGACACAAGGUUUACAGGAAGACAAGUCGAACAAAUUCGCAGCACAUAUAUCAUGAGCUAA